UUUGCAACGAGGGACCAAAAAAUGCCCGGAUUGGGUCGUAAACAACCAUGGAACCGCAGAGAGCAUCUCGUCGGGUGGAUCGAGGGCUAGACUGUAAUGUAACAUAAUGGAAACAGCUGGAACACAGCAGUGGUGUGACAGGGAUGACGGUCGAGAGGCGACAACAUCAUAGGAGCUGCAGACAGAGCCAGAGUCUAUGGGGCCAAUUUGUAAGAUAACAGAAGAGCAACGAGGACAGUUUCCUGGCAUUUGCCCACAGAAAUUAACCAAAUUUCGCUGGGAGAACAAGUGAAGUCCAGUGACCACGAGUACUUUGAAGAAAAAAAAACAGAGAGAAAAUGACAAACAGAUUUUACAGGAUGACUUACAACUGAAUAAACUGCAAAGAGCGCCACGGACUACAUUACCCACAAUCCUCGUCUCAAAUAUACACUGGAUACCUUGCAAUCUCUCUCAUCUCUCCUCUUAUUCAGCCAAUGGGCAUAGAGGAUUAUACCUAGUCUGAGACCGGUUACCACAGCACAGGAGGGGGGCGGGGUUGGGGGGGGGGGGCGACAUUUGGACCGAAGACCCCUGGGAAAUAUUCACACCACCUCAAUCACGUGGAGCCUGACCACCUUCCACCGCCUACUGAAGGAACACCGCCAGGCAAGAAAGCAGACAGAUCAUACCGGACAAGAUACCUGAGGGAUCAACAGCUGCCUGGCCAAGCCGCUCCCUACAUAGGACGUAGGCAGUGAGGCAUCUCACUUGCAUUUGGAACACAGCCGUCAAGUCGGUUCCAGAGUCAAGACCCCCUUGCAGAGCCCCUGGGGGCUCCAGCACCAGCGGUUGAGUCUCCUUAGCAACACCAAGUCUGCCUGGAGGUGAUGGGCAACAAGAACAUGAGUGCCCCCCCGAAGGGCCCCGAUGCUGGGGGCCAGGAGACCCAGGAGGAGCAGCCGUCGGAGACCAGCCUCCCAGGACCCUCUGAACGUGUAGGGGCCCCGGGCCCCAGUCCAGAGGUGCUGGCUUCCCUGCACACCCUUGUGGAGGCCCCAAACUACACACUACUGCCACACUCCCUACACCAGAUGGCAGAGGCGUACUCCCUCAAAGACGACUACCAGUGGGCAAUCCAGUUCCUGCAGUUGGAGAAGUCCUACCAUGAACGCUUGCUGGCCAACCUCGCCGCCCUAGAGGAGACCUGGGAGAGCCAACUGGAGGGUCAGAAGGAUCCUGAGGGAACAGAGUCCAACCGAAGCAGGGAGAGCAGCAUGGAGGCCCUGGAGCAGCUCUGUAGGAACCACAGCAGACCGCUCAGUGGGGACCAGUGUGUGUCCGACCCGGAGAGGGGAGGAGCCGAGGGCAGAGCUCUGCACCACGGGGAGAACCAGACUCCGCCCCCUCUACAGCAUGGAGCAGACACUAAACCCCCAGCAGCACCCACGGGUGAGGGUCUGACACAUACAGAACCACGGCCCCCUCAAGACCCCCGCCAGCAGGACGAGGGGACGGAGGAGCAGCAGGAGGAGGAGGAGGAGGAAGACGAGGAGCAGGAAGAGAGGAGAGAAGGUGAAGAGGAAGAGAUGGAGGAAGAGGAAGAGAGGCGAGGAGCAGAAGAGGAGGAGGAGGUGUGUGAGGAAGAGAGGCGAGGUGCAGAAGAGGAGGAGGAGCCAUGUGAGGAAGGGCAGGAGGUGGCGUGUGAGGAGAUGAGCCCCGAGGAGGAGGAGGUGAAGGGGGAGUGGCCCACAGGGGUCCCGCAGGCCUCGGAGAAGGACCUGGUCAAGCUGUCACACGAUGAGGGGUGCUCCGCUCAUGACGGCCUGGUCUCCAUCCUAAAGCGCAGGAGGGCAUCGUUGGAUGGUCUACCGCCCCCUGGUGUCUCAGUCGAGAAGCACAACGGCAAGCGCAAGGUCCGCUUCACCGAGCCGGAAUACACCGCAGAGCAAGAUGAGGCGGGUGGAGACUCGUGUCUGAUCCUGUUGCUGCUGUGUACGGUUACCGUGGUGAUCAGCAUCGGCGGCACGGCCCUGUACUGCACCCUGGUGGACACCUACUCCAGCAUAUGCACAGACUUCUCAGACAACAUCAACUUCUACGUCGUAAACGUGCAGAGGGUCUUUGACCAACUGAAACACUUGCUGCCCCUUCAGACUUAAAACACACAACACACCAUUACUCGAGACACUUUACAGGUUUUCUUUUGUGUCAUGCUGUCUUGAGGUGGUGGCUGACCCAACCUACAACGCUGAUGUCAUCAGGUCACCGAGGAACAACCAAUCAGCUUUAACCUGCCGUUGCUACGGGGCAGUGAUUGUCAGAUGGACCUUUUAUGAUCGUACUUCCAAGUGCUGUGCUAGUACUCCUUCACAUCCAGAUGUAUGUUGAUGUUCUUUGAAUGUUGCCGAGUUUGUUUUAUAAAGCUCAAAAAAGAAGAAACUAAACAUUUGCAAGAAUUACAUGCAAGCCGUCAACUGGUCCGACGAGCUAAGAUGGAAGAUCUGGAAGAAUGUGUUUCUUAAAGGCUCUGGACCAAAGUGUACACGCAUGCAUGUACACACAGACACAGACACACAGACACACAGACACACACACACACACACACACACACACACACACACACACACACACACACACACACACACACACACACACACACACACACACACACAAAGCCAUGUUGUUCCUGUAUUUAAUUAACUUUAUUGUCCAGGUUUUAUUGUAGCACGUCGUACUGUACUAUGGAGGAGACCAACCCAGAUGUAAUUAGAAGAGCUACAGCAUGUGUUGUUUCGUUAUAAACAACGCAGACCUAAGCUCUGCCUGGUGUUCCUUUACUAUCUCUUUUUUCCUAUUUUUAUUUACAUUUUCUUUAUGUAUUUUGUAGCCGAAGUAAACAUGCUUGCGGCUGUAGCUGUCUAUUGCUACCACAUUGAAGUAUAGCCUGUAUAGAUCUCAGAAACACGCCUGUACACACAUAAAUGUGAAACAAAUGCAGUAUUUUAAAUUACUCCGGACCUCUUGACAUAGGUAUACUUUAACAUACAAGUUGUAUAGCUGCUUUGUUACAAGACAAGAACUUACAAAAUUAGAUUAGGAUUUAGCCCAUAUGUGUAUAUACAUGACUCAAGUUUGCAUCAACAACAGUCCCCGGUUCAAUACAGAGUGACACCAUUACCAACAAGCAUGAUAGAAUGGCCUGUGUUUAAAAUAAAGAUCAAAAUUGCUUUUCAUUUUAAACCGG